CUCAAAUUAGGAAUUUCAGGCGGAUCGUGAGGAAGAAUCAAAUGGAAUUCAUGGCCAGGCUUGAUGAUCCUAUUGUUCCGGCCGAUGCAUUAUUGAGUGGUUUCAGGGUCCACCUUGAACUCAAUAAUAUUCCGAAAGCAACCAAAACGUGUUUCAGGAUAUCCCAGAUGGCCGUGGUCUCAGGGCAGGUAGAGAUUAUGUCUCCUGCAGAUAUGUUUUACGGGUUCUUGAAGGACAAGUUACCCCAGCUCCCACAACUCUUCCCAGGGAUCUACAAAAGCUUCAAGAUCUUGGAGGGAAAUGAGAUUCGGGAUGGCUCCGUGAUCUGGAUAGAGUAUGAGCACGGGAGUAAAAUGACGGUAACGGAGAGGCUCGAAAUGAACGAGUCAAGCAAGUCGAUGAAUUUCAUUGUGAUUGAUGGGGAUGUCCUGAAGCAUUACAGUAGUUGCAAGCUUAAAAUUCAGGUGAACACCGGAAAUGUUGAGGUAGCCAUUGAGUUUGAGAAGGCGACGGAGGAUUCUCCUGAUCUCGGUAGUUACAUCGAUUUGCUUUCAGCAGUACUGAUUCAACUGGAUGCGCUCAUCCUCGGCUCCGCUUGAUUUAUGACGACCUGUGUACAUCAGAUCCUCCCUAAUUAUUAGACAAGUGAAUUAUUUAUAUGCACGAGACGUAAUGUCUGAAUAACGAGUGAAUGGGAGGUCUAUAUGCGGGGCUGUUAGAUUUUAUUUGAAAAGAACUGUAUUUUCCUUCAAAAUAAAGAGAAAAACUAGACAAGGAGCUUGGGUCGUAUUAAAA